AUGAACUGGACUCUCUCCGACCUGUGGACCAGACUGGACUCUCAGACCUGUGGACCAGCCUGGACUCUCUCAGACCUGUGGACCAGACUGGACUCUCUCAGACCUGUGGAGCAGACUGGACUCUCAGACCUGUGGACCAGACUGGACUCUCUCAGACCUGUGGACCAGCCUGGACUCUCUCAGACCUGUGGACCAGACUGGACUCUCUCAGACCUGUGGACCAGACUGGACUCUCAGACCUGUGGACCAGACUGGACUCUCAGACCUGUGGACCAGACUGGACUCUCAGACCUGUGGACCAGCCUGGACUCUCUCAGACCUGUGGACCAGACUGGACUUUCUCAGACCUGUGGACCAGACUGGACUCUCAGACCUGUGGACCAGACUGGACUCUCUCAGACCUGUGGACCAGACUGGACUCUCUCAGACCUGUGGACCAGCCUGGACUCUCUCCGACCUGUGAACCAGUCUGGACUCUCUCAGUCCUGUGGACCAGCCUGGACUCUCUCAGACCUGUGA